AUGGUUGUUGUAACUGUAGCAAGGUCAAACGCAGAUGUUAAUGAAAAGAAGGAUGAGAGGUACUGGAACUAUGAAUGCUAUACCAUAACCACUGGAAGCAUAGAGAAAUACCAAAUAUAUCAGCGCAUGGGCCGGGGAAAGUAUUCGGAGGUGUUCGAAGGCCGCAAGGACAGGGAGAAAAUUGUGAUAAAAGCCCUUAAACCCGUAAGGAAAGCAAAGAUCUGCCGGGAGGUGCUAAUACUGAGGAAUCUUUCACACAAGAACAUCAUAAAAUUGAUGGACGUUGUUGUUGACCCUGAAUCCCAAAUAUACUCCCUGAUUUUUGAAUACAUAGAGCAUGAGGACUAUGCAAAAAUAUUUGAGAAGCUGUGCUACAAAGACAUCGUUGAAUACUCCAGGCAAAUUCUUUCCGCUCUAAGUUACUGCCAUAGCAUGGGAAUAAUUCACAGGGACAUCAAGCCACAGAACAUGGUGAUUAACCAAGCCAGGAGAGAGCUUAAAAUAAUUGAUUGGGGACUUGCAGAGUUUUACCAUCCAAAGAAAGAGUACAGCGUCAGAGUUGCAAGUAGAUACUACAAAGGCCCCGAGCUAUUGGUUGAUUACCCGUAUUACGACUAUUCGCUUGACAUCUGGUCGUUUGGAUGCGUUUUGGCAGAGCUAGUGUUUAAGAAAAGGCCCUUUUUCCAUGGGGAGAGCAACAGUGACCAGCUGGUCAAGAUAGCCAGAAUCCUAGGAUACACUCAUCUGAAAAAGUACGUCAGAAAAUACAAAAUGGCUCCUCUUAAUCCAAAAUACGAGGGAGUGGGUGAGAGAGUGUUGCUUUCUUCCUUUACUCCUCCUGGAAAGACCGGUUUAUACACCAAUGCAAUAGACCUGCUAGAAAAAAUACUAAUAUAUGACCACCAAGACAGGCCUACUGCUGAUGAGUGCUUAAGACACCCUCUCUUUGAGUCCAGAUGA